AUGGAAGUCAAUCGGCAUGACCAGGAAUCAGUCAAAUGCGUUGUGGUUGGCGAUGCCGGCACAGGAAAAUCCAGAUUGGUCUGUGCUCGCGCUUACGGCCACACUUAUAGUAAGAAGCAAUUGGCUGCCAGACAUGUUCCAACUGUUUUCGCUAUCGAUGAAUACCGAAAUAACAGGAUUGUCCAAGAGCGUAGCAACUGUAUGGUGGACGGUGUCGCCGUUAAAUUGUUAAUCUGGGAUACUUUCGGUGAUCAUGACAAGGACAGACGUUAUGCUUAUGAGAAUGCCAACGCCGUUAUCUUGUGCUACUCAACACAUAGUCGCCAAUCUUACGACAACUGUCGUAACAAAUGGAAACCAGAAAUUCGCAAAUAUUGCCCGAAUGUACCGCUAGUACUCAAUGCGACACAAGUUGAUUUACGUUAUGCCGAACAAGACGAGGUUUGGAAAUCAAUCAAUGAAUUGAACAUUGGUAUAAGAGGCCACUUCUCCAACUCACUCAAUGCCGAUGAACUCUUAUUACCAGAGGAUGGACGCCAAUUAGCAAAGGAAAUCGAUGCUGCUGGCUAUUAUGAAACCAGCAUGAUCAAUAAUUAUGGGGUAAAUCAGUUAUUUGAGAAUGCUGUUCGAAUGGCCCUGGUACAACGCCGAAAGUUAAGAUUUUGGAAUUCUCAACUGCGACAAGUCCUAAAACCACAAGCCCAAAAACCUUAUUUACUACCCAAGCGUUCUUUACCCAAUGUCUCUGCCGAAACAUCGACGUAUUGGUCCGAUAUAAAAUCAACCGUUGGCAAUCCUGACUAUGCUGAUAUUCAAUUUAUUGUCAGGGGAACAGUAAUUUAUGCCCAUAACAUUAUUCUGUGUGCUGCAUGGCCCAGAUUUCAUGAUUUGGUCAAAGCUGUCGGUAUCAUCAAUAAAUACAAUCGAACGGAUAGUGAUCAAAUUAGCCUUGAAAAUACAAUAACCGGCUUAAAGUUCUUAUAUUACAAAAAAAAUUGUCAGCAAAAUUCCUAUAUCCGCAAAAAUUUAUCUGCUGAUCAUAUUGUAUUUACAGUGGAUCAACGAAUCACAUUAAGGGCAUUUUGGAAGAUGUUAGAAUAUCUGUAUUCAUGUCAGCUUGAGAAAAAUCUUGAAAGAGAUUUACUUAUUGAGCUGCAUAUAGCAGCUGACAUUCUUUCUUUAGAUGGAUUGCAAGUAAUCUUAGCUAACCUCGCUGAUGGGAAACCCUACAAAAAUGCAGUUAUCACAGAUGAUGCUAGGCAGAAAUUUAUCGCUAGAAUGAAAAUGUUAUACACUUCUGAUCAUUUUCAAGCCAGCAUUGCACCUGAUGCUACGUUUGAAGCAGGCGAUACCAUUAUUCCAGUUAAUAGGGUUCUUGUGACUUGUCGUUGCGACGUUCUUGCAGCAAUGUUCAGUGGCAGUUUCUUGGAAAGUGGUGAACAACAUGCUAAACUACCUGGAAUAUGCAAAGAUACUCUUUUAUCUUUUCUUGAAUAUUUAUACACUGAUGAAUGUGAGCUGAAAUCUGACUUUGCCCUGGAAGUGUUGGUAUUAGCUAAUCAGUUCUGUCUGUCAAGGUUGGUUAGUAUAUGCGAGAGUUUUAUGGCCGAAGAGCUGAGAGAAAUCGAUAACGAUUAUGACUUAAGAAAUUGGGCUGUAAACAAAAACGUGAUUCAUUUACUACGUAUUGCGGAAAUGCAUAAUGCCUUCAAUUUACACGCAUGUUGUGUAGCCUAUAUAAGCAAUAAUUACUUGGAGAUACAGAGACAGCAUAGCAAAUUUUUCCGCGAAUCAAUCGAUUACUUAACUCAAAAAAAGAUUGAGGAAGAAAGAUGGCCACCAAGUUGGUAUUCUGCAGAGUUACAAAUGUAUGAGAAAGAAUAUGGCAAAAGAAAUCAAGAUAUCGAUAAACAAAGUGUUAAAAAAAGACGUCAAAAGCGUCGUCUUUUUAAUGUUCGACAUUAG